GAGUGGCAGGUUAGCCAGGCCAGAGCCUGGACCUGAGGUCAGGAACGGGUCACAGGGACUAAUGGAGGGGCCAAAACCCCUGGGACCCUGUGGACACUCUCACCCCCAGCGUCCUCUGGCCCCAGUUUCAAGCAGCCAUGGAGGAUACCUGGAUCAGCCCUGUCAGGGAUUUGUAAGGUGUCCCUGUCUGGUCCCUCUUCAGUCCACUCAGUCAUUAGAGUCUUCCAGACCUUUCCCAGGUCCAGGGACAGGGAGUGGGAGACCCAGAGUGGGAGGAGAAGCCCCCAGGAUGUUUCUGUCAAGCGAAGGAGAGAUCCCACGUCGGAGAGCUCGAGAGCCAGCAGGGGCCAGACAAGAAGGGGAGGCUGAGGCAGAGUGGGGCUGGCCCCUACAUCCAGGGCAUGAGCAGGGGCCACCUAGGCAGGCAGGAUCCCCCACCUCAGGACCUAGGCCCUGCCCAUGCCCAACACUACCUCCUAGAGGAAAGGCCACAGCUUCAUCUAGACCAGCUCCCACACAGCUUCAGGGCAGGACACUGGAAUCUGCAGAACAAUCCUUUCUGCAGCUGGAGCAGGAGAACCAGAGUCUGAAAAGGCAGAACCAGGACCUUCGGGAGCAACUGGGGGCCCUCCUGGGGCCAGGGCAGCAGUUCCUACCUCUAUGUUCCGAGCACUCAAGCUGUACAGCCCUGGCCUGGGUAAGCGGGAGCACGCAUGGACCCAUGCAGUCCCGGACCCAUUCAGCAGCACCUCCAGCUGUCCACAGCCUUGGGAAUGACCCAGGGGCUUUCUCACAGUCUCCCGAGUCAGCCACCUGGCCCCUGGAAGACAGGGCACCUGUGCAGCUGUUGCGGCAGGAGCUCUGCCCAGGGAAAGAGUACUUUGUGCGGCAGUCCCAGAGUGAGCUGCAACAGAUCCGAUUGUCCUUUGAGAGGAAGAAGAUGGCCAUUACUGAGGUGUGGGAUGGUGUGGCCGAGGUACACAUGGCUCUGAACAACCAAGCCACCGGGCUCCUGAACCUCAAGAAGGACAUCCGGGGUGUAUUAGAGCAGAUGGAAGACAUUCAGCUGGAGAUACUGGGGGAGAGGGCCCAUUGCCGCACUCAGGCCAGGAAGCAACAGCAAAUGAUGGAGAAAGGCAGGCUACAGAUGGGAUGUUCCGAGGGCCUAAAGGGCCACCUCUGGCUGCUGGCCUUGAGGCUGCUGCUGGGUGCUCUGCUGGCCUGCACAGCGGCCUACGUAUACGUGGUGGACCCCACACCCUUCGAGGGGCUGGUGCCACCCCUGCUGAGCAGAGCCGCUGUCUGGAAGCUCAGGGCCCUACUGGGUCCCUUCUUGCGCCUCGAAGUGGACGACUUCCUGCCUUUCUAGACCGGAAGCCCAGUGGCCCCAGCAAGGAGAAGGCCAGGUGGCUGGCUCUGUUCCAGGGACCCAGGGGCCUUACUGGUCCUUGCCUACAGCACCACUGCACACAGUCUCUACCAGGAGCUGCAGAGAAGGGUGGAGGAGGGGCUAGUCCUGAGGGCUGGGCCUGCAGCUGGAUAUACAGUCAUGGCACACU